AUGGUUUUCUCCAAGAAGCCUCAUUGCAUAUUGAUGAUGUUUAUGAUUCUAUUUACUCUUGUUCUUUUUGCAUCAGCGUUAGGUGAUGUCUCAUAUGCUGAAGCACCAGCACCAAGACCGAGCCACAGCACGGGUUUCUUACCUCUAGCAGAAAAACAUGUCGUAGUCCACAACGUUAUAUCCAUCGAAGAAACACUGAAUAUACAUUGCAAAUCUAGUGAGAAUGAUUUGGGUUUGAUCCAUAUCCCUUAUGGUAAGCAUUGGGGUUUCAGAUUUCAUGUUAACAUGUCGAAAUCUACCAGAUUUCGUUGCCAUCUUACGUGGUUUAGAGGCGGAUCUAACUACUUUGAUAUAUUUAAAGUAUCAAGAGACGAUAAUCCAUUGGGAAAGUUUCGAGUUUGUAAAGAAUGCAUUUGGGAUGUUGGAAGAGACUAUGAAUACCCUAUGUGUCGUACAUUUCGCGAUGGAUCAGGUGCUUAUUGUUUUGCAUGGAACGGGACGCUCUAUGAUCCCUCUUAA